GGAAAGAACUUCUGAAGAAAGAGAAGGAGGAGUUUCAGCGUUUGUCCUCCGAGAUGUUGAAACGUCAGAAGGCCCGCGAGCGUCGGGAGGAAGAUCUCAGGAAGCUGAUCAAGGAGGUGGAAGAUGCUGUGAGCCCGCGUCAGACGCUUCGUACUGCCCGACGUCCAGAAAGGCCUAGAAGGUCCGUUUCAGAUGGUCUUAAAGAGACCAAAAAGGCGCCAAAAGAGCUCCGCACGAUGGCAGUGGAACCUGAGCGGAAGGAGAAGCGAAGGAAGGUGCGCGAUGCCGAUGAUGCUGCCGCGAGCCGAUCACCAGUCGAGAGCGCAAAACACCCCCCGAUGCCUCCCAAAGCCCGUUUGGUGAAGGUUCAUAAGGUGGCGCCGUCGCAGGAACCCGUGGUGGACAGAGGCAAAGUCCCUGCACUGUCACCUGGAGACUUUGACUACGAGAUGCCCGAGGAGAUUAAGGAGGGUGAAGCCCCGCUUGAAGACCUGGAGGAAGGCUACUUCGAAGGUGAAGAGGAGGCAGACUUCGUGGAAGAUGCAGAAGAGGAGCCCGAGGUGCACAGCGAGGUGCACAGCGACGCCACCUCUCCCGCAGUGGCCGACGAAGAAGCGCCGGAAGAAGCGCCGGAAGAAGCUCCGGCCGCGGAGCCGGUAGAGCCGGUGGAGGAACCUGUCGAAGAAGCAGCACCAGCAGUGACAGAAGAAGCACCAGAGGAACAGGAUCCCUUGUUCAAGGCAGCUGCCGAUAGCGUGAAAGAGGAAGUUGAGACCGAAGUGCCUGGAUCAGCCGAGGAACGAUGGCAGAUGAUGAGUCGCAGUCCUUCCAGGCGUCGACACGGGCGACACGAGCGGAAGGAGCGGAACGAGCGGAACGAGCGGAACGAGGAUGAACGGCGGAAAGAGCACCAUCGGCGCCAUGUGGAGCGUCGGCGUGCGGAGGUCCGACAGGUUCGUGGAGAAGGUGAGUUGGGUCCCCAGUGUGAUCUUCUGCUAGCAAGACAUCUCGGCUUGAGAAUCUUCAGUCAAGACAGCCAAGGGAGAGAGGAUGUGCAGUUGGAGAUUGUGGAAGACCGUCAGCUUGUGCAGAAAAUCACAGCCAUCAAUUGGCACAACGGCAGUAGCGACACCGGCGCGGAUGCGGCUGGCAUUGCGGCUAAGGUCUUCUCGUGUCAUCACACCUCGUGGUCUGUGCAUUCCUCGGUUCCCUUCGAGCUGUUGGAGAUUCCAUCGACCAAAAACCACACGGCGACGCCCGUGGGCAACGAGGUCUAUGUCUUUGGUGGUUAUGAUGGACAGAAGAACCACAACGAGUUGUACGUUUUUGACCUCCACUCCUUGGAAUGGAGACAACCCGAAGUGAUGGGGGCGAAGCCCAGCGGCCGAAAUGGCCAUUCGGCCACGCUGCUGGGGGAGUCCAUUCUCAUCCUUGGUGGAUGGCUUGGGAAUGGGCCACUGGCUGCUGGUGAUAUGCACCUCUUGCAGCUGAAUCCUUUGAAAUGGGUUUUGCCCAGAUUCAGCGGCGAACCACCAGGCCCUUGCAACAUGCACACGGCGGAUUUGCUGGGAUCAAAUCUACUGGUCUUCCGGGGAGGUGACGGGCGAGCGUAUUUGAAUGAUCUACAUGGCCUCGACCUGGUCACUGAGAGCUGGUUCCCGGUGAAGACGGCGGGGGAGCAGCCACCGCCACGGGCCAACCAUGCCUCGGCGGUGGACGAGUUCCGGCUCUACAUCUUCGGGGGCUGGGACGGUGGGAAACGGCUGAAUGAUCUGUAUGUGCUGGACACCACCGACAAUGUGUGGACGAUGCUCAGACCCAGUGGCUAUGCACCACAGGCGCGGGCCGGCAUGACCUUGUCCAUCAUCCGGGACUGCCUCUAUCUCUUUGGAGGUUCCGGUCAUACCACCCGCCGCUGGGCCGCUGGGCGAAGUGAAUCCCUGACUGAGGAGAUCUGGGACAACGGGGUGCUGAUUUCCAGCAGCUCACCCGGCAUAUCGACGGCCUUGAGCUGUGCAUUGGGCCAUGGCAACGUGGUCUUUGAGGCGGUGCCCAUCUGGUCCAUGGUGGCUGCCUGUCAUGGCCGCGCAGUGGUGCUCCAGGUGGAUGGCAUUUGGCGCCUGACCCCUCCCCACGUCUUAGAUCUGACCUCUGCGCAGGAGAGACACAGCAGCUACAUCUCGAUAGCCGAGGGUCUGGCGAACCAAAGUCUGAGCGAAGGCUUUCAGCGUGAAUCAGCCCAGGGCCGGCCACGGAGAUUUGUGGAUGCAGAUGGAGGCUGCUUCAUGCUUCAGCUGACUACCAAUGAGCCUCGGGCGCUUGAAUCAUGAAAAGUAAGACAGAG